AUGGACAACGGCACGCGCGUACGGAACCUGUGCCUCGCACGCCUGACACGAUCACGCAUUACCAUUCUCGCCAUAUUCUCCUUCCUCUUCAUCGUCUAUAUCUUCUCGCCAUACGACAGUCUCGUCCGGUCCUCGAUCCGUUGGCAGUCAACUGUUGCAUCAGACUACAUUCAACAUAAAUACCCGAGCGACAAGUGGUUAUACAAGGAACAGAGGUAUCCCGUCGACCCGAACCGGGACAUUGCCAUUAUUCUCAAGACGGGCUAUGGUACGAGGAAACGGGUGCCUGAGGUCGUCGCCGCCCUGGCCAACGAGACCUUCGAGUGUGAUAUGCUCCUGCUCCAGGACUAUCCCCUGCUGGAGAGGCAGUCAUUUGCAUGGCCGAGCGGCAAGAACAUUCCGGUAGUGGACAUCAUCGGCUGGAUGCUGGAAACCGGAAAGGUCAUCAACAAGGACAAGAACCAACGCAUUACCGAGUACGAGUCCCUCAGCGACGCAAUCGAUGCCGAGGACUGGUUCAUGUCCGACACUCUUAGCAAGGGCAACGGAUGGGAACUCGAUGCGAUGAAGUUCAUCUCUGGCCUUCAAUACGCAUGGGAGAAUCUGCCCCGCAAGAAGUGGUACAUCAUGUCCGACGAUGAUACCUACGUACUCAAGGAAUCCCUGGCUUUGACGCUCGGCCACCUUGAUCCCUCGACACCCCAGUACCUCGGCAACCCGGUUGGUGAUUUCAAGGGCCGUUUUGCCCACGGUGGAUCGUCUGCUGUACUCUCCGGCGCUGUCCUGAAGAAGCUGUUCAACGAUAACCCGAAAAUCGCUGCCGAGGCUCAUGUGGAAGCCACAACCGCAACUUGGGGCGAUAAGCUGCUGUCUACUACUCUCAUGAAGAUUGGCAUUUACCUCGACGAAAACUACAGCCGUCUGUUCAACGGGGAGCCUCCCAGCAUGACGAGGAUGUGGAUCGAUAGGUUCUGCCUUCCUCUUAUCUCUUUCCACGGAUUGGGUGUAGGGUCACGCAUGUCGGACGUCGGCAACACAUUCAAGGGUAUGAAGGAACCCGUCUUCUGGAGACAACUGGGCAAGAUUUACGGAGCCGCCGACUUCGAAUCCUUCGUGGCCGAGCCGAUUCGGGCCAAUCAAGACUUCGUGGGACGCCUGGACGAGCACAGCACCACCAUCAACCUCGUUGAAUCGGUGGAGGAAUGUGUUAAAAUCUGUGGGCAGCACUCUACCGACUGCCUGGCUUGGACUUGGGAUAUGGGCACCAAGCAGUGUCACUAUGCCCCCUGGACUAUUAUUGGCGACUACAGGGAGAACGUGUUGUCCGGCAUCAACUACGCACUGGCGCAGAAGCUGUCCGAGGGCUGCCAUUCACCGCCAGCACCUGUUAGGGCGGCGGAAUAA